UACAGACAGAGAAUAGAGGGAGAGCAGAGUGCAGGACGGAUGAGAGGGCACAGCAAGUACUGGGAAGACAUUGCACGGUGAGUCCGGUGGGCCUCGGCAGAGACAUGGACUUUCCGCCAUUAAAACACUGAUUAAAGAAUAAGUUCUAGUACUUCUGUCUGGAGCCUGGGUUUGAGAAACAGUGGAGCGAUGCAGCAGCCUGUGGAAGUAGCACUGCAUACAAAAGCGUCACUAGCCACAUCUGCUAUACGACAGUAAAGGCAGGCCGCGGUGACACAGUGCUUGCUGCUCACCAUGCCGGGGAUUGUCGUGUUCCGCCGGCGCUGGUCUGUGGGCAGCGAUGAUUUGGUACUGCCGGGAAUCUUCCUCUUUGUACUGCACAGCACCUGGUUUGUUAUCCUCUCUGUGGUUCUCUUCGGUCUGACCUAUAACCCGCAUGAGACAUGUUCCCUGAAUUUGGUGGAUCAUGGACGUGGAUAUCUGGGCAUUCUGCUGAGCUGCAUGAUUGCAGAGGUGGCCAUCAUCUGGUUGAGUAUGAGAGGAGGAAUCCUAUACACUGAGCCCCGGGACUCCAUGCAGUAUGUGCUAUACGUGCGGCUUGCAAUUCUGGUGAUUGAGUUUGUGUAUGCCAUUGUGGGCAUUGUCUGGCUCGCUCAGUAUUACACAUCCUGCAAUGAUGUCACUGCAAAGAACGUUACGCUGGGGAUGGUGGUAUGCAAUUGGGUGGUCAUACUCAGUGUUUGCAUCACGGUGCUCUGUGUUUUUGAUCCAACCGGAAGAACCUUUGUGAAGUUGCGAGCGACGAAGAGAAGGCAGAGAAACCUGCGCACAUACAACUUACGGCACCGUCUGGAGGAAGGACAAGCCAGUAGCUGGACUCGUCGCCUGAAGGUCUUCCUGUGCUGCACUCGUACCAAGGACUCUCAGUCUGAUGCAUAUUCAGAGAUUGCCUAUUUGUUUGCGGAGUUUUUCCGUGAUCUGGAUAUUGUUCCAUCUGACAUCAUUGCUGGGCUAGUCCUCCUACGUCAGAGACAGCGGGCAAAACGGAACGCAGUGCUGGAUGAGGCUAAUAAUGACAUUCUGGCAUUCUUGUCUGGCAUGCCUGUCACUAGAAAAACAAAGUACUUGGACCUAAAAAAUACUCAAGAGAUGCAGCGGUACAAGGAGGUUUGUUAUUACAUGCUCUUCGCACUGGCAGCAUAUGGCUGGCCCAUGUACCUGAUCCGGAAACCAACGUGUGGCAUUUGCCGAUUGGCAGGUGCAUGCUCCAGCUGCUGUUGCCUCUUCUCUACUCGUCCCCGAUUUGCCCCCGGAGUUACCAUCGAGGAAGAUAACUGCUGUGGCUGUAAUGCAAUUGCCAUAAAGCGACACUUCCUGGAUGAGAACAUGAAUAUGGUGGACAUUGUGUACACUUCCUGUCACGAUGCGGUUUACGAAACACCAUUUUUUGUGGCCGUAGAUCAUGAUAAAAAGAAAGUGGUGAUAAGUAUACGUGGGACUCUCUCCCCAAAGGAUGCCUUGACAGACCUUACAGGAGAUGCGGAGCGCCUGCCGGUGGAAGGCCACCAUGGAACGUGGUUGGGGCACAAGGGAAUGGUUCUCUCUGCUGAGUACAUUAAGAAGAAGCUUGAGCAAGAAAUGGUGCUUUCCCAAGCAUUCGGCCGAGACCUGGGCCGUGGGACGAAACACUACGGCCUAAUCGUGGUGGGCCACUCGCUGGGCGCGGGCACUGCUGCGAUUCUUUCCUUUCUGCUGCGCCCACAGUACCCAACCCUGAAGUGUUUUGCUUACUCUCCACCAGGGGGCCUCCUGAGUGAGGAUGCUAUGGAAUAUUCAAAGGAGUUUGUUACAUCUGUAGUGCUGGGAAAAGACUUAGUUCCAAGGAUUGGGUUAUCUCAGCUUGAAGGAUUCCGCAGGCAUCUUUUAGAUGUUCUACAGAGGAGUAACAAGCCAAAGUGGCGGAUCAUUCUAGGGGGCACAAAGUGUAUACCUAAAUCAGAACUUCCCGAUGAGUCUGAGGGGAUAACGGUGCCCAGUAAUCGUCUCUGGACCCACCCCAGUGACCUGACCAUAGCACUCUCAGCCAGCACACCGCUCUACCCUCCUGGACGAAUCAUUCAUGUUGUACACAAUCAUCCUGCAGAGCAGUGCUGUUUCUGGGAUCAAGAGGAGCCAACCUACUUUGCCAUUUGGGGAGACAACAAAGCGUUUGAGGAAGUAAUCAUCUCACCGGCCAUGCUGCAUGAACAUCUCCCACACGUAGUCAUGGAAGGACUGAACAAGGUUUUGGAGAAUUAUAACAAGGGUAAGACUGCCCUUCUCUCAGCUGCCAAGGUGAUGGUGAGUCCAACAGAGGUGGAUCUGAACCCAGAACUGAUCUUUCACCAGCCACCACACCUGUCUCCCCCUAUCUUGGAGGUGAUACCUGCCAUAAUGCCUGGGACAAAUGCCAACAGGAGGAACAGCAGUACCAAGAGUAAACAGUCUGAGAUCAGCUUUGAGGGAUUUUAUGACUCCCGGCUUCUUUCCCCGGUGCUGAAAGAUCCUGUCGAACUUCUACUGAUGAGCACGAAGGAUUGUUUGGCAGUGUCUCUGCAGGACCGCAGAGCACCGUUGGCAACAAUGGAGAGCCUCUCAGACAAUGAGUCCGUAUACAGCUUUGAUUCAAGGCGUUCCUCUGGAUUCAGAAGCAUUCGUGGUUCCCCCAGUCUGCGAGCUGUUCUAGAGCGUGACGAGACACACUGCUUCUUCAUUGACCCCACCAUUCCAGAGGAGAAUCCAUCCCUAAGCUCCCGCACUGAGCUUCUAGGAGCAGAUGCCCUUUCUAAGCACUCUCAGGAGAGCCAACACACAGAGAUUGUUCAAAACAGUGGACGUUCAUCGCCGGGAGACUUGCCACCCUGGGAGGAGGAAGUGGUGGCAGGAGCCGAGAUCACCAGGGUACAGACCCCAACCCAGGAGGAGCUGGCACUACAGAAUGGGCGCCUCACAGAUGUACCAAGCCCCCAAGUGUUAGAGUUUGCAGAGUUUAUAGACAGUCUGUUCAAUCUAGACAGUAAAAGUGGUUCUCUACAGGACCUCUACCAUAUAAUGGUAUCAGAAGGAACAGACCGUGAAAUGCCCAAGUCUGUUAGUGAUCAAGAAAUUCUGCUAAGGGCACAGUUUGAGCCAAAUCUGGUGCCGAAACCUCCCAGACUCUUUGCCGGCUCGGCAGAUCCUUCAUCUGGUAUAUCUGUGUCGGCCUCUUUCCCUCUCAGCUCUUCUAGUGAGCUUAUGGACCUGACACCCACAGGAAUGAGCAGCCAGGAGUGCCUGACACCUGAUCCCAAACGGACUGCCACGCCAACAGGGCCCAGUUAUGGCAAACAGGACGAAUUGCUCAUCUCGGCUCUCUAGCAGAAAGCACACAGGAAACUGGGAUAUGUAGUGGGAAUGCAGCUUUAGGAGCAGAAUCCUGCAGGGUUAUGAAGAGAUAUACCAGAUCUUAAUUACCAGUGGUAAUUGAGUUGGCAAAGAGAGCUGCCCUUCUGCCAUCAAGUUCUAUGCCUGUGGCACCAUUGUGUUGCAGACCAUGCAGCAGCUAAAAUGGAUUUUAGAAUUUUUGUGAAGAUCACAAACCCAGGAAAGUGAUGCAUUGCACUAAGAGGAUGCCGCCUCAUGGCAGUCUUGCAUGACUCAUCCUUUACCAGCCAAGGCUACUUGCCAACCAAUGUCAUUGGUCUGUUAAUGGGGGGCUUACGAGAGAACUGAAUUGGCUUUCAGGGUCGCUUACUCACCGUCUGCCCAUGAGAAUUUACAUAAGGCCAUACUACUACACUUUGCUGCCCAGUAAAGGCAUAUAGUCACACUACCAUGUUUCACUCACUGUUGGGCAAACAGGGAAACCGUCUACCCUUUGCCCCUUCAUUGCUUUCCUAUUUAUACGUUAUGUUUCCUGUCCAGAUUGUAUAAAUGAAUGCAUGAGCAAUGGGAAUGGAAACUUGGGCGUUUAUAGUUGGCAUUAAGCUGUAAGGGCCCCAUAAUUUUACUAGUGCAAAGUCAAUAGCAAGUAGUGCAAAUACUUUCCGACUUUACUUUGUGCACAGUUUAGUGAUGUCUUAUAGUUCAUGAGAAUUGCGUGCAAUGGCACACCACUGAAAAAAUGCAUUUGAAAGAAAACUAAGGCAAGUGGAAGCUGCUCUACACGGGUUCA